AUGGCUGCCGUAGGGAUCUUCUGUGAACGAGAUCGACAUUUGUCUGGCGCCACCAAUGGGCUCGCAGGACUGCUUUAUUCGGGUGAUUUCACGCUACUCGGUGUUCAGCUUCUUUGUACUUUAACAGUUUUAGUCUACAGUGCCACAUUUGGUCUACUGGCCCUUGUUCUAAUCAGUAAGAGCCCGCUUGGAUUGCGUGUCACUGACUAUGAAGAACAGAUCGGUGCCGACGUUAUCGAACAUGGAUUGGCUGGAACGAAUGUGGCCAGAUAUUCUGGCGCCACCAAUGGGCUCGCAGGACUGCUUUAUUCGGGUGAUUUCACGCUACUCGGUGUUCAGCUUCUUUGUACUUUAACAGUUUUAGUCUACAGUGCCACAUUUGGUCUACUGGCCCUUGUUCUAAUCAGUAAGAGCCCGCUUGGAUUGCGUGUCACUGACUAUGAAGAACAGAUCGGUGCCGACGUUAUCGAACAUGGAUUGGCUGGAACGAAUGUGGCCAGAUAUGUGCUUGAAAAGCCGCUCAGCACAAGAACAUUCCAAACGGUAACGAAGGCGAUUACAAAGUGGAAAAUGCUGGCUAAAACGAAAAGCCGUUCGAAACGUAUGGAGCAAGCGCGACAAAAACGGCUCACCGAGGAUCAGGCUUUCACCGCGACCGAUAACACAGCAGUCAGUGGAGCUAACGGAGUUCCUCUCACAGGAAACGGAGCUGUGCAUCGCCGGAAAACAUCGGUAAGUGUCGCGGAGGUGGCCGCAGCCAUGAGUCCACGAGCGAACGGUGUCCGACCUUCUCCGUAUGACGUCGACGUCGAAGCACAAGCACACGCACCACAAUCGGCAAGCCUACGACGUACCAGUGACUCCUCAGCGCUAGAACGACCAGCAUCGUCCAGCAAGAGCACAAGAGGGAACUCCCCUCGACGGACUGAGUCUCUCGGGGGUGAACCUAGUUCGCAGCUUUCCCGGGCGUCGACCACCAACGCUGGUUCUGAACCACGGCCUGGUGAUCGUCCAGUGACUGCUAGUCAUAUCGCCAUGACCGUCACUCCGUCCAGGCCCAACCCUGUUGGAAAAUUCGUUCGAUCGCCGCUAGCUCGUGCUCUCACACCACCCGAAGACAUUAGCCUCGACAGCGAAGAAGAGACGUCGGGAUCGUCAGGACCAUUGAGCAGAAAUAACAAAGUCGCUCCUCAGUAA